AUGAUCGUUGUGCCAAUCUUCACCGUUUUGCUCUCGUUGGACGCUGUCCGCGGCGAGGCGAGCGCCUGCGAGGAGCGCUGCACUCGCCUCAAGCAACGAUCAUUACAGCGAAUCGGCUAUGACGACGAGCGACUCGACGCAUUAUUCGAACGACAACGACCAUUGGAGAGUCUGAAAGACGUGUGCUGGCGUGUGUACGACAAUCUCGAUUGUAUGAAAAAAUGCCCGAAAUCGGAGGCGCAUCAGAAGUUCGCGAAACUCGCGCGAAACAAGUGCAAAUUCGUGUUGCAAGACAUCGAGCCGACGCUGAAAUGCAUCAGCAAGCAUCACGCGUUUCUCACGACGCGCUGCAGCUCGUUUCUCAACGAGGCCUCGAAUCUGAGGGCCGAUUCGGAUCUCUCAACGACGCCGACGCACGAGGUGUGCCGAUUUUUGCAUCUCAACACGUUAUGCCUCGAGAAUCACGUGAAUGCGUUUUGCAAAAACGCCAAACCGAUUUAUCGACGGCUGAAUUUCAGGGAUUAUUUUCUCAGCUUCGUGCUGCCGAUGGACGACGAUCUGUUCGACGACGAGGACCUCGACAGCUGCCAAAUUUUCGAUUUUGUUCGCGACGCCGACAAACGACGCGACGAGGAGGAGGAGCGACGACGUGAGGAAGCGCGAAGGCGACGCAUCGAAGACGACGACGACGACGACGACGAGCUGACGACGAUCGUCAAUCGUCUAGAAGAGAUGGAGGAGGAGGCGACCAGCACUCAGGCUUGGCAUCCGGAUGAGGACACCGUGGCCCCGCUGGGAGAUGUCAUUGACACUGGCAGUACUCCAGAAGCCACUACAGGAUUGCCUUCUGAAGGCAGUACUCCAGAAUCCACCACAGAAUUGACUUCUGAAGGCAGUGCUCCAGAAUCCACUACAGGAUUGACUUCUGAAGGCAGCAGUCAAUCCAGUACACUGUCCGCAGAUGACAAGGCUGAGUUCACAUCGCUUAUUGAUGAGCUUAUCGAUUCGGCGGAACGCGAUCAAACCACCACCACCAUCACCACCACCAUGGCGUCGACGCCAAUCGACGACUACGAUGAUUAUGAGGAUGUCCUCGGCGAGACGCCGACGAUCAGCGUCGUCGCCAUCGAGACGCGAAGCUCGACGGAGACGACGACGACGGCGAUGGACGAGAUGGUCCGUCUGACGCCACCGAUUGACGGUGAGAAGCUCGAGCUCACCAGUGUGGGUCCCACAACGACGACGACGACGAAGAAGAAGUUGUUCUCCGAUGACAGCAUGGAGGAGACGCCGCCGAAUUUCUUCUAUUCGUCGAUGCGCUAUGACACGACGACGCGCUCGAACUACGUCGUCGAGAAUAUGGACAAAUCGGAGUCCAACGAGCCAUUGGAAAUCGACACGACGACGUUGUUCGGUAUCGAUGAGACGAGCGACAUCACUGAGUCUCCAUGGCUUCAAGGGGGCGUCGUGAUCAAGCCGAUUCUGAAGUUUGAUGAGAUUGAUGAGGAUUCGGUUGAAGAGCGUGAGCGAGCGUAUCGCGAGAAGCUUCGCAAUCUGACACUUCACGAGUUCGACGACGAUCAUUUCGAUGAGAAUUCUGGCGAACGAUUGGAGGCGUGGAUCGGCGCGGUGCUCAUCGCCAUCGUUGGCCUUCUCAUCGUUCUCAUUCUCGUUCUAUUCGUUUCAUACUUUCGCUCGAAUCGCACCGAGACCUAUCAGGUCCAAAAGCACCAUUUGCCCGACGUUUGA